AUGGCAUGGCCUACUCCCUCAACACAGUCACCCUUGGUUAGUCCUCCUCGAGCCCCUUCCAUCCCCGGUCAAGGCCUUGGUGAAAGACUUAUGGGCCUUGGUGGAAGAUCAGGCAACGUCCCCUUUGCUAGUCCCGCUUUCAGAGAGGCUUCUCAAGCGGCUCACAGGGCUCGCGCCACAAACGAACGCCUGAGCCAAAACGUCCCAACUUCCUCUAGACGCAGGACUCGGUCGUCCUCCGAUGAUUCUGACUCUGACGAUCAACCUCUAUCUCAAAGACGCCGAUGCCGAGCCCCUCGCCCAAUGUCAAACCCCGCCCCCUCAUCUAUUCCUUCUCCUCCUCCAAAUGCAGCUGCCUCUCCUACAUCCCUCCAGGCGACUCCACUUUCAAUUCGAGGCAAUGUGGCUGAUCCUCCUGCGUCAUUCAAUAAUCAGGCCGAGCCCCCAGUUGCUCACCCGGCCACCUCACAGAACACUCAGGAAGAUGAAGUCGGCCCCUCAGAACGACCUUCCAUUAUCCCACCUGCAGUACCUCCUCAGGGACCUUCUUUAGCUCCUUCUGGUGCAACUGCCGAGCCUUCAGCUCCUCCAAACUCGGCUGCGGACAGAUGUUCCCACCAGCUCCCUAAAGAUAAAAGGCCGACUAACCACUAUAUGGGAAGAAAGCCUGCAGCAUAUGAAUUCCUUGCCUUCCCCGGCCCAGAUGGACCAAUUUGCAGAGUUAUAUACAAAGAUACUUCUUACAUGUCUCAGGCCUAUGAAGAAUCUCUGAUAAUGAACCAUUCUUUCCAUGUUACUCAUCAUCAGAAUAAGAUGUUGCGAGACCGUGUUACUGAACUGGAAUUGCAACUGAACGAUCCUACUCAGGCCAGCCAUGCUUUGCGAACGGAAAUAAAAGCUUUGACCAGCAGGAAGAAUAGUUUAGAAGUGUCUUUAGCCCUAACCGAGCAUGAACUUGAAGAACUCCAGGAAAAGCAGAGUCAAGCUGAUAAUGUACACAGACAGAGUAUGAAUCAGCAGGCUUUAGAUCAUCAAAGAGCCAUGGACCAGCUAGCUCAAAAACUGCGCACGACCAAGACUCUGGCUAGGGCCACCACAGAGGGCGUGUCAACAGCUUUGGCACUUUACAGAGAAGGGGAGAACGAUCGCUACUUGCAAAACCGUGCCAUGUAUCUGCGUUUUAAAGUCCCUUCCACCUCCUGA